GAGCCCCUGUGAAUGAGAGUGACAGCAAUGGUAUGUGUUACCCGAACAUGCCCAUCUGUCUCCCCUGCUGGCCGGGCUGUAAGAGCUGCCAGGACGGUACCCCAUGCUGGGUGCAGGAGGACUGGCUUCUUAGGUCUGGUGUGCUCGCCAUCCAGGGGGUCUUCAUGCUCCUCAUUUUCAUCAGCAUGCUGGUGGCCUACCGGCAUCGUCGCAACCGGCGGAUCCGGGCUUCUGGCCUGCUGCUGCUGGAGACAAUCUUGUUCGGCUCCCUGCUCCUCUACUUCCCGGUCUUUAUCAUGUACUUCAGGCCAAGCACCUUCAGGUGCAUCCUGCUCCGCUGGGUGCGAAUGCUUGGUUUCUCCAUUGUCUACGGCACAGUCACACUUAAGAUGUACAGAGUACUGAAGGUGUUCCUGUCACGCACAGCCCAGAGAAUGCCCUACAUGUCCAGCCUCCAUUUACUGAGAAUUCUGGGAGUGAUGCUGAUGACAGUCAGCUGGUUCCUGUGUGCAUGGACGGUGGGUGUUAUGCAGAAUCGUGACAGAAACAUUCCAGUCUUCAUCACAACCAACACACCUGAUGGACAGGGCUUCAACAUGUGUUACCUUGACCGCUGGGACUACAUGAUGGCUGUAGCUGAGCUUCUGUUCCUGUGCUGGGGGAGUUCACUGUGGACUGCUGUAAGGCCAGUACCCUCAGCUUUCCAUGAACCUCGUUACAUGGGCAUCGCCAUCCACAAUGAGCUGCUUCUCUCCUCUCUGUUCCACCUGUUCCGAUUUACCUUUCCAUCUCUUCAUCCUGAUUGGAUGCUUCUGCUCUCCUUCACACACACCCAUGUCACCAUCACUGUGACACUCGCCCUGCUCUUUGUUCCCAAGGUAUUCCACAUUUUUAUGUCCAUAGUGCCACAGUAG